CGAGCAGGAUGUGAUCAGGAAACGCUACCUGGUUUCUACCUGCGGACACGAAGAAGAAGAAGAAGGCACGAGGAGCACAGACAGAGAGCCUCGAGACGGACAGCCUCGCUGAAGAGCCCGGAUGAAGCAGAGAUAUAAUAGAUUCAUUGUUUAAAGGACUGAACUGAGAGCAGCGAUGGUUUGUGGAGGAUUCGUCUGCACUAAGAACGCACUCAGCGCUCUCAACAUCCUCUAUGUGCUGGUGAGUCUGCUGCUGAUCGGAGUGGCAGCCUGGGGGAAGUGGUUCGACCUGGUCUCCAGCAUCAGGGUGGUGGCGGGGGUCAUCGGCGUGGGAAUCUUCCUGUUCCUGGUUGCCUUUGUGGGGCUCUGCGGCGCCGUGAAGCACCACCAGGUCCUGCUCUUCUUCUACAUGAUAAUCCUGUUUGCAGUGUUUGUCGUGCAGUUUUCUGUGUCCUGUGCUUGUCUGGCCUUGAAUAAAGACCAACAGAACCAUCUGCUGGAGGUUGGAUGGAACAAAUCCGAGGCCACUCAACAGGACGUAGAGAAAACACUCAACUGUUGUGGCUUCUCUUCUGUUCCUUACAACGGCUCAUGUAGUUGCUUUCACAGCAACCCUCCUUUGAUUUGUCACACAUGCUCGAGCAUUAUCGAGGAGUUUGCGGGAGAGGUGCUACGGUUCGUCGGUGGUAUCGGACUCUUCUUCAGCUUUACGGAGAUCCUUGGAGUUUGGCUUGCCCACAGAUACAGAAAUCUCAAAGACCCUCAAUCAAAUCCUCAAGCCUUUCUAUAACCACUCACAAUUUAAUAAACCCCCAAAAUUGCACUGCUGAAUAAUUGCUUUUCCUCCUAACUUUGUAAAUCACACUUAUCUGGACAUUUGUAAGAUUUAAAGUAACUUUUGCUGUUGUGUCACAAAUGUGACCAUUACAGGAUAAUGAUGGUGAAAUGAAGUGUAACAUUAAUACAAGUAGAGAAAAGUCUUAAAGCCAGCUUGCUCAAGGUUGCUACAAAACCCUGGAGUGUGUUGAACUGAGCAAAGGUUAGUUUUAUUGCUUAUAAAUUCUACUGUUUGCUUUGAUAUUUGCUGCUCGAUUACUUCCAUUGAAAUUAUGCAUUUUAUUAUUUUUUCUUUUGCUGUGAAUAUUAAUUAUAACAAUUAAGCGCAAUUACCAAAAUAUCAGACUAUUCCUUUAAAUGAAACCUGAUGCAUGUAAGCAUUGCCUCUUUAAUUCUAAUCCGUCUCAAAGACGUUAUGUGUGUAUGCUCACCACACACACACACUCUCACACUCACACACCUCUAAUGCAAAUAAUUUGCAGAUUAGCACCAUGAUGGCCGGAUGACUGUGCUCACCACUCCCAGACUAACUAUGACCACACACAUUGUGUUUUGCAGACAGUGGAUUUGGGUGUUGGGUGUCCACAACAGCAGGAUAAGAUCAACUUAAAGUCAAACCUGAUGCAGCUUGAUAAACACACUGUUAUGAAACCGGGUUUUGUUUUUGUUUUAUAUGUGUAUUUAUUGCUCAAGUCAUGUCUCGUCAUCUUAAUUGCCACAUUUCCCUUCAUAGUCCAAAAAAUAAACAUGCAGAGUUGCAUCACAUGAACAGAAAAUGUUGUAUUUUAUGCUCUGCUUGUCAUAUUUAGUGCUGAUGUGUAGAGCCGUGUUUUUCACUCCGGUAACUUGGUGCCACAUGACUCGCUCACAUUCCUCACCCCAAACAGGAUGACAACCAGGAACUGCACCCGCUGUAUAGAUUCCUCUGAAGUUUGUUGAGCAAACUCCUCCAACCUGUUCACCAAGGUGACUCAGCUGCUGCACAGCCAUUGUGAAAUAGUUCAUUUGAGUGCACACCAUGUAAUUAACUUCCUUCUAUAUUUAGAUCAUUUUAUUCAUUUUGUAAACAGAUCAUUUUGUACUAGCAUGCAUCUGCAGGGUAGAACCAAUCACAUGGCCUUAUUUAAACACUGAUAUUAAUAUUUAUUUAAAUGUAUCAGUUUAUAAGUUGAAAGACAAACAUAUGGAUUGUUUUAUAGUUGAAUAGGUUCCUGAGUGUCUGGCUGUGCAGGGAAUAAAAUGAAAAUGCACAGAAAAAAUGUUGGCCUCAAAAUGUACAUGUUAAAAUAAAGUGGUAACAAUCAAA